GUAGCAGCAGGUGGCGCUGUAGCAGUAGCAGCAGGUGGCGCUGUAGGUGCAGUCAAGAGAUCUUGUGUACCCUGGGGCACACCAGCUCUAGUUCCUCCAGCACUACAACCAACUUAAAAGUUUUGAUUUAUAUUUAGUGUCUCAUGGUGCGUCUGUGAGCUUCUUGUGUACUCUGUAUUGAGAUGUUUUCAUGAGUAUUGUUUGUUUUGACCGCUGACCCGUAUUUUUUCUCGUCUUCAUCAAGAUGGCUUACAACCCUAAGGUGACUGUUGCUCUCUCUUCUGCAUAGCUGAUGACCUUCACCUCCAGCACUCCGCCAUCACCAUGAAGGUCGCAUUUGCCCUCCUCACAACCUUGUUUGUGGCUGCGUCCUGCCGCUCCGCCUACCAGCUGCCAGCGGGCGUCGAGCUCUUCAGGUCGCAGGUCAUCACCUCGUUCAGCUGCGCCGGCCGCCCCUACGGCUACUACGCUGACGUGGCUAAUGACUGCUCCAUCUUCCACAUCUGCUAUCCAAUCAACGACGAAUUUGGAAACAUUUUGGAAGACGCUCAGUUCUCCUUCAUCUGCGGGAACCAGACAAUCUUCAGCCAGCAGUCACUGACCUGCGCAACUCCUGAGGAAGCUUACCCAUGCAACCAGGCAGAGUCGCUCUACGAGUCUUCCAACGCUGAUUUUGGCAAGAUUCCCGAGCAGCCUAACUUCUUCUAGGAUGACAGUGGCCCACUACUCUGGAAGAUCAUUCCACACCACAAGUGACACACGUGCAAAUUCGAAAGUUUCCUGGAAAUUGGUAGGGUAGUUUACUGAUGUUGGACUGACCGCUCUUCAUAGUGCCCCAGUCCGCGAUAUCUCCACUGCGAACCUUACAAGCCAAAACAAAAUUAAAGUAUGGCACACACGAAA